AAAGAGUUGGGUUGAGCGGACUGGACACACUGCGUGCAUUGAUCUGAAACUGCAAGCAUGAAUCGUCUACUGAUAUUCACCGUACUCGCCCUUACUGUGGUCUACCAGGUAUCUGGUGUGCCACGUAAGCCAGGCGAGCCAAUCAGCGCACACUGCGGUAUGCUUGUGGAACUGAGACAAGUCAUGUUGGACAACCCUGGCCUGGAAAAGAGAUCUCCCAGAAACUAUUGGUGCGGAACCGCUCUGAAUAACCGAAAGAGCACCCUCUGUAGCUGCAACCAUCACACAUUCCUUAAAAGCGAUGAGGCCAACAAUUUCCUUAAGAGGGGCGUGGAAAAGAGGAGUCUGUCGGAGGAGUGCUGCCACGAGGGAUGUUACUACGAGGAAGUGUAUGAGCUUUGCUAGACGCUGAGGACAGGGAGCUAGACUGGGCAGGAACAGACUAAUGACUCUGUCAAGCCCGUCUACCUUUAAAAAAUUAUAGUAAAUAAGUUAUAAGUUAUACAAUAACAAUUAGUUUCACUAGAACAGUGCGACACUUAUUCCACUUAUCUCUAACAAAUCCCAAAUUCAACUCCAACACUUCUUUUUAAUAUACUGAGUUCCUACUUUAAGGUCUAAAAUAAACUGCAAUGGACCACUUUUAAGACGGAUCUGUGGAUCCCUGACAUAGAAUCCCCGACAUAGAAAAACUCUUUCUGGUUUUAUGGUAUCUCAUAUUCGUUGUUUUGAGAUUACAGAAAAAAAGAACUUGCCCCGCUAUAGAGUACCGAAGUAUGACGUCAUUUAGAACCAGAAAGUGUAGUGCAAACGAAUGGAGUACGCGCGUGUGUUGGUCACGGCAUAGAUAUAGUCUAUGGUUCACGGGCUGAAUCACGCGCUAAUGUCUUUCACACACAUUUUGUGCGCGUGACGCAUUCACUUCGGUACUCCAUAGCAAUAUGCACAAGGUACUGAAUUGUAGAUCCCGUUUAGAUAAUGACGCUUUUAUUGGUGCUUCUAAAUUCAUCGCUUUUUUCCUCAGGAAAAUUUGACAUGUUUUUAAAAACAUAAUUCGAUUUGUGCGAAUUACACCAUUUUCACAAAAUUCUCACUAAAUUGUAAAGAUUAUAAUUCCGUGAAACCUUGCUCAAGAAAGUGAUUAAAAGUCUUUUGCGAAUUUAGUUAUGCAAACCAGUUCAUUGUUUGCACUUGGUUCAAAUUUCAAAAUGCUAAGAGUUGUUGCUUUUAGAGGAAUCAGGCCAAUAAAAGAGUUACUCAUGGACCACGUA